GAAAUCUGAGAGAUUAAGUUUACAUAAAGAGCGUUAAAGUUUAAAUUAGUGCAAUUUUUCUUGUUUCUCGUAAAUAAUAUCUCUAAGUUAGCGACUUCUAUAAUAGAAUAUGGUAGCUUUGACUAAUGGAGUGCUUGUUUUGUGACCUGAGGGGGCGGAUCACCGCGGAUAUAUUUUCUCGGUUCUUUUGCGGUGUGUGUCUCACUCGUCUCGCAGCGGAUCGGGGCGGUGUCGAAUGAUCUAAAAUUUUUUGUUUUCACAUUGAUCCAAAAAUGUCUGGGGUACCUCCCACUAAUAGUGAAUACGAAAGGCGCAAGCAAAUCAGUGUCCGUGGCAUUGCUCAGGUGGAAAACGUUGUAAACAUCAAGAAGACUUUCAAUCGACAUGUCCAUUACACUCUGGUCAAAGACAGAAAUGUUGCCACAGCUCGAGACUAUUACCUUGCCCUGGCAUAUACUGUCAGGGAUCAUCUAGUUUCACGCUGGAUCAGAACGCAGCAAAAUUACUAUGAAAAGGAUCCAAAGCGCGUGUACUAUCUGUCUCUGGAGUACUACAUGGGUCGCACCCUGCAGAACACCAUGAUCAACCUGGGCAUCCAGAGCGCCUGCGACGAGGCCCUCUACCAGGUGGGUCUGGACAUUGAGGAGCUGCAGGACAUUGAGGAGGACGCCGGCCUGGGUAACGGCGGACUGGGCCGGCUGGCCGCCUGCUUCCUCGACUCGAUGGCCACCAUCGGACUGGCCGCCUACGGCUACGGCAUCCGCUACGAGUACGGCAUCUUCGCGCAGCGCAUCAAGAACGGCGGCCAGACGGAGGAGCCGGACGACUGGCUGCGCUUCGGAAACCCGUGGGAGACGGCGCGGCCCGAGUACGUGCUGCCCGUCUGCAUGUACGGCCGGGUGGACGGCGGCAACUGGGUCCACCCGCAGGUGGUGUUUGCCAUGCCGUACGACACGCCCAUCCCGGGCUACGCCAAUAACGUGGUGAACACGCUGCGCCUCUGGUCGGCCAUGUCGCCGUCCAGCUUCAACCUCCAGUUCUUCAACAACGGCGACUACAUCCAGGCGGUGUUGGACCGUAACCUGGCCGAGAACAUCUCACGCGUGCUCUACCCCAACGACAACUUCUUCGAGGGCAAGGAGCUGCGUCUGAAGCAGCAGUACUUCAUGGUGUCCGCCUCGGUCCAGGACAUCAUGCGCCGGUUCAAGUCUGCGCGCAACGGUCCGAAGCGGACCACGUUCGAGGAGUUCCCGAACAAGGUGGCCAUCCAGCUGAACGACACGCACCCGUCGCUGGCCAUCGCCGAGCUGAUGCGCGUCUUCCUGGACAUCGAGAAACUGCCCUGGGACACGGCGUGGGACAUAGUGACGCGCACGUGCGCCUACACCAACCACACGGUGCUACCGGAGGCGCUGGAGCGCUGGCCGGUCAGCAUGCUGGGCAACAUGCUGCCCAGACACCUGGAGAUCAUCUACGACAUCAACUGGAAGUUCCUCGACAAGGUGAACCACCGGUUCCCGGGCGACCUGGAGCGGCUGCGGCGCAUGUCGCUCGUCGAGGAGGAUGGCGAGAAGCGCGUCAACAUGGCCCACCUGGCCAUCGUCGGCUCGCACGCCGUCAACGGAGUGGCCGCGCUCCACUCGGAGAUCAUCAAACGAGACAUCUUCAAGGACUUUUUCGACAUGUGGCCGGAGAAGUUCCAGAACAAGACGAACGGCAUCACGCCGCGCCGCUGGCUGCUGCUGUGCAACCCGGGCCUCUCGGACGCCAUUGCCGAGAAAAUCGGCGAGGAGUGGAUCACCCACCUGGACGAGCUGGCGAAGCUGAAGCCGCUGGUGUCCGACGCCAACUUUGUGCGCACCGUCCAGAAGGUCAAACAGGAGAACAAGAUGCGCGUGGCGCAGAUGCUCACCAAGCAGUACGAGAUCGAGGUCAACCCCGCCUCCAUGUUCGACAUCCACGUGAAGCGGAUCCACGAGUACAAGCGGCAGCUGCUCAACUGCCUGCACGUCAUCACCAUGUACAACCGUAUCAAGAAGGACCCGUCGGCGCCGUUCGUGCCGCGCACGGUGAUGGUGGGCGGCAAGGCGGCGCCCGGCUACCACAUGGCCAAACAGAUCAUCCGGCUCAUCCUGGCCGUAGGAAACAUCGUCAACAACGACCCUGUCGUCGGCAACAAACUCAAGGUGAUCUACCUGGAGAACUACCGCGUCACGCUGGCCGAGCGGAUCAUCCCGGCUGCAGACCUGAGCGAGCAAAUUUCCACGGCCGGCACGGAGGCGUCCGGCACGGGCAACAUGAAGUUCAUGCUGAACGGCGCGCUCACCAUCGGCACGCUGGACGGCGCCAACAUCGAGAUGCGGGAGGAAAUGGGCGAGGAGAACAUCUUCAUCUUCGGCAUGAACGUGGACGAGGUGGAGGCUCUGAAGGCGCGCGGCUACAACGCCCACGAGUACUACAACAAGCUGCCCGAGCUGCGCCAGUGCAUCGACAUGAUCAGCAGCGGCUACUUCUCGCCGCACGACGUCAACCAGUUCAAGGACGUUGUGGACAUGCUGAUGAACCACGACCGCUUCCUGCUGUUCGCCGACUACGAGUCCUACAUCCGCUGCCAGGACGAAGUCAGCAAGCUCUACAUGAACCAGGACGCCUGGGCACGCAAGGCCAUCAUGAACAUCGCCUCGUCGGGCAAGUUCUCCAGCGACCGCACCAUCGCCGAGUACGCGCGUGAGAUCUGGGGCGUGGAGCCGAGCAUGGAGAAGCUGCCGGCGCCGCACGAGCCGCGCGAGUAGGCCGGGGGACCGGCCGAUAGCCGCGCCGUCACUGCCGGCGCCGGCCGCUCGGUCACCUGCUGCCUUUGCCGUGUGCGUGUGUGUGCCGAGCGGUGCGGGGCGUGCGUAGCAUUGAGGGGCGGACGUCGGGUCUCAGGUCAGCAGUGCGCCGUGUGUGACAAUAUCUGACGUGCUAUUUUGAAAAUGAGAGGUCAGUUGUCCUGAGCCAGAUAUAGUGUAUGUACUCAAAAUUUGAUAUUAUGUGCUGAACGUGUUUUAGCCCACUGUCGAAUGCAAUGUUGACAAUAAUUAGCCGUAGUUUUGGUGGCAAUGCAAGCUCAUCUGCAUUCGGGGCUCAAAGUUAUUUUAGGAGAUAUUUAUUUUUCAUAUGGUUUCUAAUAUUCAACUUUGCUUAUAGUUACAACUUUGUUCUAUGCUACAUAUACUGGAGGCUUCGGCAUAUUUGUAGUGCUAGCGACUUAUAAUAAAAUGCGUGAGUGGUUAUAA